AUGGUGGGAAGAAGGAAAAACCGCGCGGCUGCACAGCCUGCUGCUAGGACUCCUAGUAUUUCUACGCGAUCUGGACGCACUGCACAAGGUCGAGGCCGAGGACGUGGUCGCGGCCGUGGCCGCGCUGGAUUUACUGGCGUUCCUAGUCUUCCUGGCCAUCUUCCUGCCGAUGAAUCACCGAGCAGACCUGAAGUUCGCUCGCACAUCGUCAAAUUAAAAAUUUCCUCACUCAAACUAAUUCAAGCUGAUGCGGAUGAUGCCCAUGAUGGCGAAAAUGAAAAUGAAACCGCAAUCAAUGCCGUCUCGCAAAAUCCAGAGACCCCUCGCAUGCGGCGUCCUCGGCAUCCUCGGACUGUUCCUGAGUCCUCGCGGACCACCCGGCAAUCAGCAAGACUGAAGCCGGAUGGAGAGGGCUCCUUCGAGGAAGAUGUCUCACCAACCAAGGCCGUUGAUAAUCAAAUCACCGAGCCAGAUGAUGACAUGCACCAGUAUGACGAGGAAUUCAAAUCCGAACCUCCCUUUCAAAAAGUAUCUCAAUCCCCUGAACCUCGCAUGGUUGCUUCGGCCCCUGUGUCGCCGGGAGCUACUCCCGUGGGUCAAAGUCCCAAAAUUUCCCAGACUGAAGAAGCGCCUUCCAAUGAGGUGUCUUCACCCCGACUGCAUAAACGAAAGUCACUGGAACCGCAAAAUGAAACUCCGGAUAUCGAUUCCGAGGACCGUGUGAACAAAAAGCUGCGGAUUGAUGACACGGAGCUCGAAGAGACACCAGAGAGCCACUUAAAUGGCACAGAGAUAUUAACUCAGAAUGAAACGUCUCCCGAGGACAUCCCUAUCCCCUCGGAAGAAUUCGACCCCCCUGCUGACAGCGCUGUCCGGGGAGGUCGUGGAGGUCGAGGAGCCCGUGGCGGCCGGGGUCGAGGACGUGGCCGAGGCCGUGGUCGCGGAAGCCGCGGUGGAUUCGUCGGCCCAGUUCGACCUGCAGCAGUUACCAAGCCUCGAGGCGGUCGAGGACGUGGCCGUGCCAAGGCCACUCUGAUCAAACGCGGCAAGAAAAUCGAAGACGAGAUCUGGGACGUUAACGAAAACUGGCGUGGUCCCACCCCAUCGCCUACGCCAGAGUCCAUGCCGACAAAAUCUCGCAAGGAGGAAAUGUCUGCGCUCUUCAAGAAGGUUGGCCAGGCACAGCAUAUUGCGCUGAGCUUCAUGGCCGAGCAGACCGUGCACAAGCUUUCCCGUGAUAAAAAUGCGCACAAAGAAUGCCCUGAGUUCGAACAAGUCCAGCGGGAUCUGGAUGAGUACCAACGCAAGGCAAUUGAGAAAUUGAACAUCGAGUACACGGCGAACACUGAGCUGGAGACUCAGAAGUAUGUGGGCGAAGUUCACAUCAUCAAAGACACUGCAAAGCUGCUCAUCAAGCAAAUGCAAGAGGAGAUGGUUACGAUGCUUAUGGGCAAGAUGAUGGCCCUAAUCCAAGGCCGCAGGGUGGCCGAGGAUGAUGAACACACCGAGUACGACACAUCGGAUUCCGAGGAAUCCGUGAAGCACUUCCUUUUCCGAGACGGCGAUACGGCGGUAAGACAGGUAGAGCGCGGGUUUGCAGCCGAAGCAGUUCGAGACCCGGAGGGGGCAGCGGACUUUGUGGCCGCGGAGGAGGGAUGGGAGGAGUUCGUCCAGAGAGUACGGAUGGGCCGCCUGAACGAGGAGAUCGCACCGGCAGAAACAGAAAUCAGCGACGAAGAUGCCCUGCGCAUGUGCGCCAAAGAUGCCUUCAACGGCAUACUCAAUGCAGCCACCUUCAUCCGAGAACAAGAGACAGCUGGCAAGUUCGUCAGCUACGAUGGCAGCGCUGAUUUCCCCGUGCACCCACGGGCACUUUCCAUCUUGGCAGAUGCGGCUCUGACCGAGCCCAUGCCCCAGCAUCUGCCAAUGAUGCGAACUGACCCUGGCGCGCACCACCGUGCUCUCCUCCCCCACCCCACCCAUGCCCACCCGGGCCCACCUCCCUCUCUCCACGGCCACGGGCCAACGGACCCGCGGUCCUUCAUCCUCCCCCGGCCCACCCCCACCCAACAGCCGCGGCGCCUUCUCCCCGCCCGCCAGCAGCUGGGUCUGGGGAUGGGCCUGCCGGACCCGUUCGCAAUGAACGGGCCGCCGCAGCUGCCCCCACCCCCGGGCUCGAACUUCGCGCGUCUGCCCCUGCCGGGCUACAUGCCCCAGGGCCACGCGCCCUCCCUGUACUUCCCGCCGCCGCCGCCCGGCUCGCACCCCCCGCCCCCGCCGCGCGGGUACUAG